CUCACCACCAGGCCGACGGUGCCUGACCGCGCCCACGUGCACUGCUUUGCAACCGGCAUAGAUAGCUGUGACUCCCGUGUUUGUUUCCUGAAUCUCAUACAUAUCGAGGCACCACACGCCCGUACUUCACACACCGUAGCAUCAUCACCAACCCCGCCCACGCACGCUGCUGCCACCAUGACGACGCUCAAGUUCGCGCCCUGGCAGAGCGACGUCGACGUGCAGUUCUAUGCAGCCCUUGCCCACAUCAAGAUCAACCAUGACAAGCUCAACGACUCGGCGCGCAAGGUCCUCGGACUGUACGAGACUCGCCCCGGCGACCACGCCUCGCGCUCCAUGCGCGUGCAGAUCCACCCAAAUGCGCUAACGUCAGACGAUACUCCGCCGAACUACUGCCGCGCCGAGGGCAUCAUCAAGAACUGCAACACCAUCGAGGACUACAAGAACCUCGACCGCACAGCCGCCCUCGACCGAUGCGCCCAGACAAUAUGGGACGCCAUCCACGACGGCUCCAUCUACGAAUGCCCUUCGCUCCUCUCCUCCUUCACCGCCAUCAUCUUCGCGAACCUGAAAAAGUACAAGUUCACCUACCACUUUGGCUUUCCGGCGAUACAGUCCGACCCUCCAUGGAAGCAGAUCGGCGAAGCGAGCAAGCUGCGCCCAACUGAGACGACACACCUGGUCGACGCAGUGCAGACGUUCAAGUACAGCAACGACGUCCGGCAAAGAGGCUUCUUCAUCGCCAAGCGCGUGCGCGGUGGCGGCGAGGUUGAUGACACACAGAAGACGCCGGCCACACCAGUGGAAGAGAUAGGCUACAAGUGGGUGGUUGGGAAGCUAGGCGCAUACGAGAAGGGCUUCUUCGACGACGUGGACAGCCACGACCGCUUCAUUUGCUUCUCAGACCCGUCCACGUACGACGAUAACCCGGGCUGGCCGCUGAGGAACCUGCUGAUUCUCGUUCGCCAUCGCUGGCGACUGAAUGACGCCCAGAUACUCUGCUACCGCGACACUCACCUUCGAAGAGAUCAGCCCAACUCCCUGAUACUGCAGGUCCGAUCAGAGCCCAGCACCGAGCUAUCAGCCGCAGCGACCGAAGGGCCAAGCGCUCGGGCCAACGCACCAAAGCUGCCCAAGGUCACAGGCUGGGAGCGCACCGAAGCUGGCAAGCUGACAUCUCGGAAUGUCGACCUCUCGGAGUACAUGGACGAGCGCAAGCUCGCAGACCAGGCCGUAGACCUCAACCUCAAGCUCAUCAAAUGGCGCAUAGCACCCAGCAUCGACCUCGAUGUGAUAAAGAACUGCAAGUGCCUGCUCCUCGGCGCCGGCACGCUAGGUUCAUAUGUCUCGCGAACGCUGAUGGGCUGGGGCGUUCGCAAGAUAACUUUCAUCGACAACGCAAACGUCAGCUUCUCGAACCCUGUCCGCCAGCCGCUGUUCAGCUUCAAGGACUGUUUGGAGGGUGGUGCGAGGAAAGCCGAGCGCGCUGCCGAAGCGCUGGAAGAGAUAUACCCCGGUGUCGAUGCGAAGGGACAUGUGAUGGAAGUCCCCAUGCUGGGACAUCCGAUCACAGACUCGGCCAAGACGAAGGAGAACUUUGACAGACUCCAAAAACUGAUUGCAGAACACGACGCCAUCUUCCUGCUCAUGGACACACGCGAGUCCCGCUGGCUGCCCACGGUAAUGGGCAAAUCGGCCGGGAAGAUUGUGCUCAACGCCGCGCUGGGCUUCGACACAUUCGUCGUGAUGCGACACGGGCUGAAGGCCACACAGGACGGCGAGGUGGAGCUCGGGUGCUACUUCUGCAAUGAUGUUGUUGCGCCCGCCGAUUCCCUGAGCAACGCAACCCUCGACCAGCAAUGCACGGUAACGCGACCAGGCAUCGCGCCCCUCGCCUCCUCCCUGCUCGUCGAACUCCUCGUCUCCAUCCUGCAACACCCGUCCCGCUCGCGCGCAGCAGCACCACCCCCGCCGGGCUCGGCACCCAAACCCAGCACCGCUCCAGCGGCAGCGCCAUCGCACGCCUCCCUCCCAGCCCCCUUCGCGCACCCGCUCGGCACGAUCCCGCACACGAUCCGCGGGUACCUGUCGACCUUCUCCAACCUGCAGGUGACGGGGCAGCCGUACAGCAGCUGCUCGGCGUGCAGCGAGGUGGUGCUGGCGGCGUACGCGUCCGAUCCGUGGGGGUUCGUGCAGCGGGCGCUCGACGAGCGCGGGUGGGUCGAGGAGCUGAGCGGGCUGAAGGAGGUGCAGAGGCGUGCGGAUGCGGCGGCGGAUGACUUGGAAUGGGACAGUGAGGAGGGAGGGGGGAUGGAAGAGGAGGGCGAGUUGUUGUGAGGUGUGUGUGUGAGGUGAGGUGUGUUAGGUGUGGUGUGUGUGAGGUGAGGUGUGGUGUGUGUUAGGUGUGGUGUGGUGUGUGUUAGGUGUGGUGUGUGUUAGGUGUGGUGUGUGUUA